UUGCUUUCAAACGCAUCUUGGCUGGCAAGUGGGUCCUUGACCGACGUCGCCCCUCCUUGUAUGCUCACGCGUAAAGUGGUUGCGCUUUGCCUCGCUUUGCGUUACUUAUUUUUUUGUCUUUGGCUUCGGGAGUAGUUUUCCGUCUGGGCUGAGUGACGCUCUCAGGUGUGGGGUUUCUGAUUAGGACGUUAUCGUGGGGCUUUGAUGGGGGUCGUUAUCUCCCAAUUACGUUAACGUUGUUAGGAGCGAGUUGCAUCGUGAGGUUGGGUUAGAGAUUGUGAGAUAUUGGUCGCGAGUGAGGUGACAUGAUCAUCUUGCUUCCGAGGUGAGAGUGUGAAUUUUGAAUGGUUCGUUGGUGGAGCCUCUGUCUCGGUUGUGUGUUCUAAUGCCCACUUGAAGGAUUCGCUUGUGCAAGAUGAGAAUGCCUGACAAUCUUGAAGGCCUAUUCAUGCACCUUGGCUCUUUUACAGUGCCUUUCAAUCUCGUCCUUCGUUACGAACGUGUAACUUUGACUGUGCAGGCUGUUUGAUUCUUCCGAGUAGAAUUGACUGGUUUUUCUCAUCUCUUGGGUGUCAUCUGCUUUGAACAGGGAAAUUAGUGUAAGUAUUUUGUAGGUUGUUUUGGGGGUUUUAAGUGCAGUGUGCUUUCAUUUGUGCCCUUUUUGAACAGUUUCACCUUACUACAUACGGUAUAGAUGAGAAAUCAAGGAGGCUUCUCUAGUAUCCGGGCGGUCCUGCACAGGCAUUUCUCGUUCCAUCGUCAUGGAAAUGUGCAUCCAUGCCAGAGCUCGGCACUGCAAGAGUUCGAAACACGACUGACAGAGCGUCUGGAGGAAUUGAAGCUUUCCGGAGAGUCGAAAGGGUUUUUGAGCCUAGACUUGCUGCUCCACGCUAUGUCUGUCAUCCUGGCUACGCAUUCAAACGUGGAAAGACUCAUUCCAGAGUCGCAGUUGUCCUUGUCCCAACAAGUUGACAACUCGUGGGUGGACGAGUAUUUCGACGACAGCGCCAAGCUUCUAGAUGUUUGUAAUGUGUUGAAGGAAGGAAUUACAGAAGUCGAGAAUUACCAAAUGUUGGUGCAGCUCGCGCUCCACAACCUUGAAAGUAGUAUCGAGAGCGGCAAUGAUGGGAGGUAUGUAAGAGCGAAGAAUGCUCUGACCGAGUUCGAGGAAGCCAUGAAGAAGAAGGAAGCCAUGUUGGAGAAGGAAGCCGAGUCGAACCAAGACGUCCCGAAAUCGAAGCUUGAGAAAUGCAGCUCCAUGUUGAGGACCAUGGGGGAAAAGCUUUUGAGCCCUAAGGGUCCCGAGGCAGUCAAAGCGAACGGGUUUUUGAAUGCAGUUUAUGGAUUUAAGGUAACGGCCAUUUUUCUGUGUGGUUUAGUUGUCACUGCUCUGGCUUGUAAACAGAGGCGGUCGUCGACGACUGUUCUUGUGGCAAAGCAAUACAAGUGGUCAGAAGCACUGAUCUCUUUGCAACUAAGAGUGAAGGAGGUUACUGACGAAAUGGAGAAUGGUUCUAUCGCCCAGCUCGAGGAGCUUCAUAAUGUGGAUGCUUCUGUGCGGGGUUUGCACGAGUUUCUAAAUGGGCAUCUCACUGAUAAUAAUUUCCUAAUCACGCAAGAAGAAAUAGCAGAGAUGAAGGUGAUGCUGGAAGAAUUGAGAAAGCAUUCAUCAGACCUUGGGAUAGGACUAGUGCCCCUGGAAAUUCAGGUCAACGAGCUCUUCAGGAUGUUAAUUUCGAGCCGGCUGGCCCUGCUUGACACUAUCAGCAACUCUAAGACAUGUGGUCCAUAUCUCAUGUUGAGCUAUGAAAAUGUUUACCGCUCGUCCGUUCAUGCGUGAUAGAGUGAGCCUUAAUCUCUACUGAACAACCUGGCGCGUCAAGUUCGUUUGAACGGAGAAUAUGAGUGUAUGAUAUGAUAUAAUAUGCAGCAGAGCGUAUUCUUGAACACCCAAAAAGAAACUAGUUUGUUUCUACUCUGUGGUGCACUCACAAUCGCCGUAGCUAUGCGUACCGCCAAGCUGUAAUGUUAGAUUUUCAUAUACUUUAUUUGUAAAGUUGUCGUUGGGAAUAAAUUUCGAUUUAGCACGUGCGAUGAGUAUGUUU